AUGGUAGUUGCAAUCACGAAGUACUUUGACUGGACACUGGACCUACUGGACGUGGUGACAGCUUUGCUAUGCGAAGAGAUGAAGGAAAAGGUAUUCUGCGAGAUCCCAGAAGGGGUCGAAGUUGAUGAAGACUUUGACUGCUUCGAAUUGUUGAAGGCGAUCUACGGACUAAAACAAGCAUCGCGCAUUACAAGUGGCGAGUGCGUGCUUUUGCUGGUAUACGUCGAUGAUGUGUUGGUGACUGGCAGCUCGACCGAACUGAUUAUGCGCACCAAGAGUGGCUUGAAGGCGCGUUUCGAAAUGACUGACAGCGGCAAGUGCGCAUUCGUGUUGAGCAUCGAGCUGGUGGACAACGACAACGGUAGCGUGACGAUGUGCCAGCGACGCUACGUGGAAGAUGUUCUCAAGCGUUUUGGCAUGAGCGACUGCAAAGCCGUCACCAGCCCAACAGACAUCAGUUCUUGA